AUGGCUACUCAUCUUGCCUCCCUUUCCACUCCUUUCGUUGCCUCCCCGAAGCUUGUUCCUAGUACUAAGGCUGGGUUCAAGCCAUGGAAAACCACCCUAGUCAGAUGUGAGCCUAGGGCUGAGGGGUCCGGUAGGUCUACUGCUCAAAGGAGGCCUUCAAGAUACCAGUCAACAUGGAACUAUGACUUCAUCCAGUCCAUUACCCAUACAUGGAAACGACGGCAGAUCGAAACACAAAGGACCAGAGUUGAAGAAUUGAGAAGAGAAGUCCGACAAAUCAUAACAUCGACAGGUGAGCAAGUGGCUCAGUUGGAGCUCAUCGAUUCACUCGAACGAUUAGGUGUAGCCUAUCACUUUGAGAGUGAGAUCAGGCGGUCGCUAGAUGUCAUAUCCACGAGCACAAGAGGAUUUGAGGACAUGUACUCAUCUUCACUUCGGUUCAGAACUCUGAGGCAAUAUGGCUACAAUGUUUCUGCAGAGUGCUUUAGUAGGUUUAGGGACCAGUCUGGCCGGUUCUUUGAAAAUCUUCGCAAGGAUGUGAGAGGGUGGUGGAGGGACUUGGGCUUGGGCGAGCACAUUAGCUUUGCUAGAGAUAGGCUGGUGGAGAGCUACUUUAUGGCAGUGGGAAAGAUGCAUGAGUCACAGUUCUCACAGUACAGGAUGCAACUCGCUAGGGUCUCCUAUUUGAUGGCCACUGUUGAGGACAUCUUCGGUGAGCAUCAGUCUGUUGAGGAACUCGAACGCUUUGUGCAAGUUGUUGAGAGGUGGGAUCUUCAAGCAACAGAGCAACUGCCACAGUCAUUGAGGGUCUUCUGUGCGGCUGUGUACAAUACAACUAACCAAAUUAGCUACACUGUUCUUAGGAGGCACGGCCAUGAUAUUACCUCACACAUGAGGAGAUGGGUGAGUGUGUGCAGAGCUUACUUGGUUGAGGCAAUGUGGCACCGUGCCUGA